AGAGCUUCCGUUCUCUACGUCUCACGGCCCUCGCCUGCCUAGUGGGAGAUGCCCACUCCGUAUAUAACACGACUACGCAGAACCACAAUAUGCAUUAACCGAAUAGCAUCAUCAUGAAGGUAUUCGUAUGUUUAUUAGCCGUAGUGGCAGCCGCUAGCGCUGGCUAUAUUGGAGGUGGCGGCGGCGGAUGGUCCGGCGGCGGUGGCGGUGGAUAUGGCGGCGGCGGCUGGUCUAGCGGCGGCGGCGGCGGAUGGUCAAGCGGCGGCGGCGGCGGCUACGGCGGCGGCCAUGGUGGAAGUGGUGGACAAGUUAAGAUCAUCAAAAUCGUAAGCUCCGGUGGUGGCGGCGGCGGUUACGGCGGUGGUUUCGGAGGCGGUCACGGAGGUGGUUUCGGAGGCGGCAGUGGCGGCUGGAAACUUGGUGGAGGCGGUGGUUACGGCGGUGGUUCCAGCGGCUGGAAGUUCGGAGGCGGUAGCGGCGGUUUCGGAGGCGGUUCCGGUGGCUGGAAACUCGGCGGCGGCGGCGGGUAUGGAGGCGGUAGCAGCGGAUGGAAAAGCGGCGGUGGCGGCGGCGGCUGGUCCAGCGGCGGCUCCUCUGGCUGGUGGUGAUCUUUUACUUGCGACAAUACACUAAUACUUCCUUA